AUGGCACCCAGCACGGGGGCCCCCUCGGGGGGCCCCCCAGGAGAGGCGAGUGUCCCUAACAGCGUUCCAGCGGUUGCUGCUGAAGCAGCAGACCAAAAGCAGCAAGCAGCAGCAGCAGCAGCAGCGGCGCAGCCACAUGCAGGGGCUGCCACUCUAAAUGGCAGCACCACACAGGGAACUGAAGGAACUGCUGCUUCUACGCCGCCGCUAGCAGCAGUUUCCUCCACUGCAGCAGAGCCAGCAGCAGCAGCACCGGAGGCAGCAGCAGCAGCAGCAGAGGCAGCAGCAGCAGCAGCAGCAGAGGCAGCAGCAGCAGCACCAGAGGCAGCAGCAGCGGCAGCACCGGAGGCAGCAGCAGCAGCAGCGCCGGAGGCAGCAGCAGUAGCAGCACCAGAGGCAACAGCAACAGCUUUGGAGGCGGCAGCGGCACAAGGUGCUUUGCCCGCAGCAGAAGCUGCAGCAUUGCCGGAAGCAGUAGCAGCGGCACCUGCAGCAGCAGUACCUGCAGCAGCAGCACCUGCAGCAGCAGGGGCACCACUGGAGCAAGGCGCAGCAACAGCAGCGCCUGCUGCUUCUGCUGGUUCCGACUCUGUAGCUGCUGCAUCUCAGUCAGCAUCACUUCUACCGCCGUCAACAGCAGCAGCAGCAGCAGCGCCUGGCGCGACAGCAGACCCUGCAGCAGCAGCAGCAGCAGCACCUGCAGCAGCUUCCCUCUCAGGAGCAGCACCGGCGGCAGCAGCAGACCCUGCGGGACCAUCGCCCUCGCCAUCAACAGCAGCGCCAGCAGCAGCUCCAGCAGCAGCAGCAGCAGCAGCAGCAGCGGGUUUGCCCUCCUUGUCGUCUGCAGUGCACGGGUGGGGCUGCGCGUCUGGGGAGCUUUAUUUGUCGGGUUUUGAAAAGUCCCAAAUUGAAAAUUAUUUUCUGUCUUUGGGGGCCCCCCCGGGGGGCCCCUGGCGGCUAGUUUCAGUACCCGAUUGGGGCCCCCGAGGAGACCCGAAGGGCAAGAAGAGCAGCAGCUUCCGGCGGUCUCAGGGGGCCCCUGGGGGCCCCCCUGGGGGCCUCGCGCUGCAGUACCCUGCUGCGCCGGGUCCCGCAGCAGCAGCAGCAGCGGCGGAGGGCGCGCGGCGGUCGUCGGUGGCGAGCAGCAGCAGCAGCAGCAGCAGCAGCAGCAGCUCUUCGGCGGUCGCGGCGGAGCUUCCCAAGACGCGUUCCUCUCGCCUGCGUGCUGCGCAGGGGCCCCUGGACAACGGGGGCCCCCCGGGUCCCCCGUCACGGAUUCUGGUGGAGCUCUGCAAACAGCCCGUGUGUCUCCCCUUUUUGCCAAAAGUGUCUCCGAAAGACGCGCACUACGGCGAGCUGGCGCGGAAGGUGUACCCUGCGGUGCCGCUGAGUCUGGAGACGGUGCUGCAGCGGCUGCAGCAGGGCUGCUACAGCAGCAGCGCGGAAGUUUUCAACGAAGUCUACAGUGUCUUUCUCUGCGCCUUCCGCUUCUACCAGCCCGGCCACCAGUACUGGAUGAUGGCCCACGAGGCUGCGCUCGCCUUCGGGGCCUUGGCGGCCGGCGAGCCGCUCGCUGCGGCCUUCCAGCAGCAGCAGCAGCAGCAGCAGCAGCAGCAGCAGCAGCAGCAGCAGGGCGACCCCGCGCACUGGCAGCACGCUGCCGGCGCGCCGGACGCCAGGAAACACAGGGAAGCUGCCGACGGUCGCGGAAAAACCAGGGCCGCAAAGGGAACGCCAGCAGCAGCAGCAGCAGCAGCAGCAGCAGCAGCAGAUGCGCCCGUGUCUGUGGAGGAGCGCCAGGCCUUCCAGGAGCUGCUGGCCCAAAUGAACAUGGACGCCCACUUCCAACUGUACAACACCUUCAAAGACAGGGCCAAGUGGAUUUCCUUCGACACGGGAGAAGUCGAACUCGAUGAUGGCGCCACGCUGCCAUUCGUCUUCAGAGAAAUGGUCCAGUGGUGCAGAGGCCAAGUGCUGCAGUCGCAGAACCAAGCAGCAGCAGCAGCAGCAGGGGCCCCACAGCAAGGCGUUGCUGCUGCUGCUGCCCCGCUGCAACAAACUGCAGUAGACGAAUCCAGGGGCCUGGGGCCCCCCGCGAAGCGGCUGAGGGCCUCCGAGGGAAGUGUCUCUUCAGACUCUUCAGCAGGAAGGCAGCGACAGAAGCAGCAGCAGCGAAUGCGGCAGCAGCAGCUGAGCCAGCAAAAUUACCAACAGCAGCAGCAGCAGCAGCAGCAGCAGCAGCAGCAGCAGCAGCAGGAGCUACGGCUGCGUUGCAGCAAGCGCUUUAUCGCUUUCUUUUCUUUUUGCCAAAAAAGAGUACUGCAGAAGCUCACUUUCAGCAGCAGCAGCAGCAGCACAGCAGCAGCAGCAGACACAGCAGCAGCAGCAGACACGGCAACAGCAGCAGACACGGCAGCAGCAGCAGACACAGCAACAGCAGCGAAACAGCUGCAGCUGCUGCAGCUGAAACUUUGUUUGCAAUCCUCGCUGCACAAGCAGCGGCAUCAGCAGUACCAUGAGCAGCUGCACUACAGCGACAGCAACAGCAGCAGCAGCAACAGCAGCAGCAGCAGCAGAAGCAGCACGAGCACUUGCGGUGUGAAGGCACUUGAGGCCGAAAGGGCACGAGACCCCCUAUAA